AUGGAUUAAAUAGUGGAGGAAAAUCAGUUCCUCAAUAACUUUCUUAAGCAGUUUAAAGGAAAAAAUCAAAAAGAAAUAUUAGAUUCAUUGUUAGUUAUUGGAGCAGAUUCAAUUAUUUCUAACUUUAAAUUUUCUCAUAAUCUUCAAGAGGAUAUCCUUAAAGCAUCGAAAAAAAUAUAAAGCUAUUUUGUUUAAGGAGAUCAAUCUUAGCUUAAAAAUGAAAUUGAAUCUUUAAGAUAAGAACUAACAAGGCUUAAUUAAAAGUUUGAUGGCAAAUAAGAAAAGAUGGUAGUAGCAGCAACAGCAACUCCUGUUUUGCAAUAAUUUUCUCCUCCAACAAAAAUAUAAUUUUCCAACUAGCAAGCAAAUAAAUCUGAAUAAAGAAAGCAAGGAGUAAAAAAAAUACCUUUCUAAGAAAAAAACUAGUCAAGCUUAUCAAAGUUGUAUUAAGAAAAUUAGGAAGCAAGUAUUAACUAAACAUAAAAGAGAAUUGGAAGGAGCUCCUCUUUGUGUGAGGUAAAUACAAGUGGCUCAAAAAGUAAAAAGCCUAUAUAGUAAGUUGCUCUAAAAGUGACAGAAGUAACUCCAAAUAUCCCAAAGCCAAUUAAAUACACUCCUAAAUACCAUCACUUAAAUGACGAAUAAGUGAAAAGCAAUUUUGAAAAUUAUAAGCAAUUCAACAUAGAAAAUGAUUAACAUUAAAGCAACAAAUAAAAAAGUAAUUAUCGUCAGUUUAGUUAAGAUAAUAACUUUUAACAUUAGAAAUACUAGUAGAAAGAAGUUUAAAAUCAAUUUUAGCCUGUAGAAAAAUAACAUUAGCAUGGUAGUUAAAACCACUUUAAUGAUAUGUAAAAUAAAUAAAGCAAUAACGCUAAUGAACCUGAAGUGGUUAAUAAUUAUAGAAAAGGUUAAAACCAGAACUCCUUUGAGACUCUGGAUUAAAAUAAAAUAAACCCAAAUUAUUAUUAAUAUUAAUCAAAUAAAGAAUAAAAUAAAUUUAAUUUUAAUGUUUAAAACUAAUUUGGUAUUCAAGGAUAAAUUUCACCAAAGUUUAAUGAUGCUAUAGCAAAUUAUCAUACUAAUUAGCUUUCUUCGAGAAAUGAUUAGCAUUCUUUCAAUCAAAAUGACCAUAACAGUCUUCAUAAUUACAAUAAGAAUAAUAUUCAUGAUUAACAGCAAUCUUUUGAACAUGCUUAACCUAACAGCUAGUCUGAUCAUCCAUAAAGAAUUAAAAAUAGAAGUAACUAAAGCUUUCAUGGCAGAAGUAAUCAAAGCUUUCAGGGAAUAAAUAAAGGAUCAAUAAAUUAAAGUCCUUAACACUAGAAAACUCGCUAAAAAUCAAUGAGCCAAAAAGGUUCAAGAAAAAUAUAUUAUGAUCCUCGUAAAAUGAGAAAAGGAGAUAUUUUUAACCCUGUAAAUAGCAAGAAAGAGCAACUAAAUGUCCAAAGAGCAUAAAGCAAAAUAAAGGGAGAAAUUUAAGAGCGCAAGCUAAACUAGAAAUAAUUUGGUAAAAAAUAUGAAGACGUAGAAGUUUUUGUGAAUCAACCACCUGGUUAUAGUGAAUAAGAAAGCCAGCUUGCAAAUAAUAAUUCUUAGCUAAAUAAUUCAUAUCAAAAUGUCUCUAGCAGCAACAAUAAUAACUAUUACAAUUAAAAUUUCUAGCCUUCUUCAUACAAUUUAUAAUCCUAAUAAUAGAACAUUUCUUCUUCUUCUUAAAUUUAAUCCCAGUAGCAGUAGCAACUUUAUGAUAUCAACGAAGAUAGUGCUCAAUUUGAAGAUAGACCCAGAUAAAUAAAUAAUUACAGCGUUAACAGUGCAAAUAACACAUUUUUGAAUAAAUCUCGCAGUUACACAGCUACAACUGCUGCAACCGGAGAUAUACGCUAAUCCUAAAACCUUUAUUCUUAAAAUUUUUAUGGAGCAAAACAGUAAAAUAGCUUUAAAAAUAAUUUCAAUGACUUAAGUGAUUAUUAGAACAGAAAUUCUUAGAAUCCCUCAGCAUCUAAGUAAUUUCAUUAGGAAUCUACUGGAUCUUUCGCAGUAAACGAAAAUCAUAAUCAUCAGCUUAGAUAUACAAAUGAUUAAGUAGAAGUUUCUCCCCAAAGAAUAAAUUAACUUUACGAUCCUAAGGUAGAAAAUUAAAGCUACGGCAAAAAUUAAAUUCAGUAAUAGUAAUUAUAAGGGCAAAGGUAUUAUGAUGGUGAUGAAAGCGAUAUAAUUGUCCAUGAUGAUGGAUAGAUGCAAAACACUUUUAUCCAAGACAGUGCUAACCGCUAAAGUAUGAGCUCAAGAUUUGUAGGAAACCAAACAAAUAAUAACAACUAAUAAUAAUAAUCAUAAUUUAACUAAACUGUGAAUGAUAGUAUUAAUAAUAGGAGCUAUUAUAAUUAUUAGAAUUUAAACUAGCACCUUACUUAGCACUAUAUUAGAUCAAACAAUUAAUCUCUUAAUGGACCUCAUCCAUAUCUACAAACUUCUUAGGCCUUAGGCUAAAAUCAAUAAAUCAAUGAAAGAAACUCACACAGGACAGAGAAUAGUUUCCAAGACUAAAGCUCCAUUUUACAAAAUCCAUUUGCUACGGCUGCAUCUUAUUAACCAUAAAGAAUUCACUUUAACAAAUAAAGAAAUAUGAAUGGGAGCUUUUCUCAAAUGAACCCAUCAUAUUAAAACCAGUAUGAUAAUUCUGGGUACAUAAACUCAAGCAAUAACUAUAUCUAAAAUCCUUUCAGAGAUAAUAACAAUAAUAACAAGACAUACGAUUAAAAUAGCUACUUAGGAAUCGAAAGAUUGUCGAAUUCUUAAAUAGACAAUAGAUAAAGUAUCAAUGACGAAGUAAUUUCAAGCGGAAACUAUUUGAAAGGUGGGCUGAAGUAAAGCCAAAAUAUUUAUGAAUAAAGAUAUAAAGAAUUAGUGCAAAAACAAGAGAAAGUAGGCAAUUCCUAGCAAUUAGUAUUUUCUGACUAAAUUUAGCAUUAAUAGUAGUAAUAAUAACAAUAAACUAAAAAUUUAGCAAGUUAAUAUCAAAAUAAAUAUUAGAAUUAGUCUUAUGAUGCUUUGAAAUCUGUGAACAACUAUGCUGAUUACAGUUAAAAUAAUCUAAAUAGCUCUAAUAAUUAUAUAAUUCCAAAUCGUCUUUAAAAUUUAAAUUCAACUCAGCGCUCCAAAUUAACUACUGAACGCUCUCCUGACUAGCAAAACUCGAUUAGUAAAAAAUCUGAGCAAAAUGUCUCUCCUGAUUUGAGCAAUCGCAAUAAUCGCUAAUUAGCUGAUCAGAAAACUUACUAUUAAGACCCAACUUCACAAUCAAUUAAUAAAUAAAUUUAAGGUAAGAGCCAACAAAGAGCUGCUGUUCCUCAUUUCUAAAAAAACGAACUUUAAGACUCAGCUGAUAAAUAUUAAAAAGAAUUCAGCAGAAAUUUAGAAUAAAACAAUAACAAUAAUUAUUAUAAAUAGUAUAAACCUCAUGAAACUUUUACAAAUCGCUAAGAAAAUAUGUGUGAAUAUUCAAUAACUUCCAGAGAUCCACAGUCACCACCUUUGAAAAUCUAAGUUUCUGGUGAAGGUUCAGUAGAGAGUGAAGACUUCUCCCCAUUUGAAGUCACAGAGUAGAGAAAAAAAGUAUUUUAAGAUGAUAAAUUGUUUUUCAAGGAAAGCUAAUAGUAUUCUCAAAGCAGGUCUCAAACAACUAGAUCAGAACAGUGA